AUGGAACCAAGCAACUCUUCUUCUCAAUACCACAACAACCACCAAUCAUCUUCCCAAUACAACAAGAAUACCCACCAAGCCAACCAUAACCAACUAUACCAACACUCACAACAAAACCAAAAUAACCAUCAUAGAUACCAACCACCUCACCAAAGACAACAAACCAAUCAACCUUCUUCCUCUUCCACAAACCAAGGCGAUAAGUCUCACCGUGUACUCUACCAAGAACAAGAGAGACUUAGGGCUAUGAUAGAGAAAAAUGAAGAGAAUACUAGGAAUCUCAAUGCACAAUUUGGUAACAUGAGUGCUCAAAUGUCCAAUAUAACCGAAAUGCUCUCAAGGAUGUCUCUACCUUCCACCAACAAUACCAACACCAACCAAGUCUCAAGCUCUUCUAGCCUUCUAUCCCAGCCCCUUCCUAACCCAAAGGGCGGCCUCAACGCCAUUACUUUACGGUCGGGGACUACAUUAGAGAAAAUACCUCCUAGGGCAAUGGAAGACAUUCAUGAGGAGGAAGUGAUAAUUGAAGCUCAACAUAAGGAGGAUGAAGGAGACACAAAGCAAGAGGAAGAAGAAGUGAGCCUUAAAGAGCCCAAGAGGAAGGCCAUAGUGGAUGAAUCUGUAUUUAUUCCAUUCCCUUCCAUGGUGAAGAAGGCCAAGAAAACUCCGAAGUUUGAUCUAAGCAUGCUUCAAGUCUUCAAGAAGGUUGAGGUAACCAUUUUACUUCUUGAUGUCAUUCAACAAAUUUUGAAGUCGGCCGCCAAAUUUGUCUUAGCCGACAAAAGUGUGAUCAUUGUAGUAGGGAUAGCAGAAGAUGUGCAUGUGACAAUCAAGGAUUUAGUAUUUCCGGUUGAUUUUUAUAUCCUUGAAAUGCCUCUAACGGAUAGUGAAAAUUCUUCCUCCGCUUUGCUUGGUAGACCUUUCUUGAAGACCUUUAAAUUUAAAUUGGAUACCUUUACUGGCACAUACUCUUUUGAGGUAGGUGAUAAGACCAUCAAGUUUAACUUGGAAGAGGCCAUGAGAUAUCCACCUGAAGAGCACUCCGUCCUCCAGUGUGAUGUAAUUGAUGAGGUAGUAGCAGAGAUACAAAGAGAAGACUACAACAGGUUGUACUAUCCUAUUAUUGAAGGAAAGGAUAAACUUGAAGAUAAACAAGAGAAAGCCGAUGAGGAUGAGCUUCAUGAUCAUGGUGAGAAAGAACCUCAACUUGAAGUGAAAACCAAAUUGAAGCCUCUACCUUGUCACUUGAAAUAUGCAUUCCUUGAGGACAACCUAAGAUUUCUGAUACAUUUUGCUCCUGAGGACCAGAAAAAGACCACCUUUAUUUGUCCCUUUGGUACCUUUGCAUACAAAAAGAUGUCAUUUGGCUAUUUAGAUAACUUGGCUAAGGUCUUAGAGAGGUGUGUUAACACUAACCUUGUCCUCAAUUUCGAAAAAUGUCACUUCAUGGUGAGACAAGGCAUAGUAUUAGGGCAUGUGGUUUCUGAUAAAGGCAUUUCUGUUGACCCUGCCAAGAAAGAUGUGGAAUUUGAGUUUGAUGAUGCUUGCAAAGAAGCAUUUGAGAAGUUGAAGGAAGCCCUCACUACAGCACCCAUUGUAAGAGGCCCUGAUUGGACACAACCAUUUGAGAUUAUGUGUGACGCCUCCAAUCAUGCUGUAGGUGCUGCGCUUGCACAGCGCGAGGGUAAGCUCCCUUAUAUUGUUGCUUAUUCUUCAAAGACAUUGGAUGCGGUGCAAUCCAAUUACACCACUACAGAAAAAGAGCUUCUAGCGAUUGUUCAUGCAUUGGAUAGAUUUUAUGGGCCAUUUCCUAACUCAAGUGGAUAUCUUUAUAUUUUGUUGGCCGUUGAUUACGUAUCAAAGUGGGUGGAAGCAAUUCCUACCCACUUUGAUGACGAUAAUACUGCAGUUUCUUUUAUUAGAAACAAUAUUGUAUACCGCUAUGGGUUGCCACGAGCAAUCGUGAGUGACCAAGGUACUCACUUUUGCAACAGGAAGAUGGAAGCAUUACUCAAGUGA